UCCUCUCUCUCUCUCUCUCUCGGUUAUUGCCCUUAUCUUACCUUCAAGGUUCAAGCCAUUAAAACUUGCCCCUCGUAUCUUUCUUGUACACUACCCCUUUUUCUGUUUCACUCCCGAUUUACCAGGAUUGUUAGUUGUGAGUUGCGACGAUCUCUCUCUGGCUCCUAUAAAGCAUAUACCAAAGCGCUCCUCUCUCUCUCACUCUAAAAAUCAAAACUGAAAUCAAGUUGCUUUCCCAAUGGGCACCAGAGGAGCCCUCACUCUUGCUUCUUUCUUUCUCUCUCUAUUCCUUCUCCUGCGUUCUUCUUCUUCAGCUUUUGAUCUUAGCCUCCCUUCAGAGGCGAGUUUUCCGCGUCCUCAUGCAGAGAAAUUGAUAAGGGAAUUGAACCUCUUACCCUCUGUUGCAGAGCCUGAGCCUCAUGAAGUGGGGGCUUCUAUGCCACGCCUUGUAGAGAAGAGGUUCGUAUGGCCUGGAAUUGUGGGGGAUGCUGUGUCUGUUGAAGAGCUAGGUCACCAUGCCGGAUACUACAGCCUUCAGCACACUCAUGCUGCCAAGAUGUUCUACUUCUUCUUUGAAUCCCGGGGUAGCAAGGACGAUCCUAUUGUCAUAUGGUUGACUGGAGGUCCUGGAUGCAGCAGCGAGUUAGCGGUUUUUUACGAAAAUGGGCCAUUCAGUAUAGCAAAGAACUUAUCCCUUUUGUGGAAUGACUAUGGUUGGGACAAGAUGUCAAAUCUUAUAUAUGUCGACCAACCAACUGGAACUGGUUUUAGCUACACCACAGACAAAAGAGACCUUCGCCACAAUGAGAAAGGAGUCAGUGAUGAUCUAUAUGACUUCUUGCAGGCCUUCUUCAAGGAACAUCCUCAGUAUGCAAAGAAUGAUUUGUUUAUUACUGGUGAGUCAUAUGCAGGACAUUACAUUCCGGCAUUUGCUAGUCGUGUUCACCAAGGAAACAAAGCUAAAGAAGGUAUUCAUAUAAAUUUGAAGGGAUUUGCAAUCGGUAAUGGACUCACAGACCCUGCCAUUCAGUACAGAGCAUAUACUGAUUAUGCUCUUGAAAUGGGACUCAUCCAAGAAUCCGACUAUAAGAGAAUUAAUAGGUUCCUACCAGCAUGUGAAUUGGCGAUAAAACUCUGCGGAACUCAGGGGACCAUCUCCUGCCUAGCAUCAUAUCUGGUUUGCAACUCCAUCUUUAAUUCAAUCAUGGGGAUUGUCGGAAAAACAAAUUACUAUGACAUAAGGAAGCAGUGUGAAGGGAGCCUUUGCUAUGAUUUCUCGAAUAUGGAGAAAUUUUUAAAUAAGAAAUCUGUUAGGGAUGCUCUUGGAGUUGGGGAUAUCCAAUUUGUGUCAUGUAGCCCCACUGUUUAUGAAGCCAUGCUUACAGACUGGAUGAGGAACCUUGAAGUUGGUAUCCCUGCACUACUAGAGGAUGGAGUCAAGUUGCUUGUGUAUGCUGGCGAAUAUGACCUUAUAUGCAAUUGGCUUGGAAAUUCGCGAUGGGUGCAUUCCAUGGAAUGGUCAGGUCAGCAGCAGUUUGUUGCGUCAUCCACUAUUCCUUUCGUGGUUGAUGGCUCAGAAGCAGGACAAUUAAAAACCUAUGGGAAUCUAAGUUUCCUUAAGGUUCAUGAUGCCGGUCACAUGGUUCCAAUGGAUCAGCCCAAGGCUGCUCUGGAGAUGUUGAAAAGAUGGAUUCAUGGGCACAUGGCUGAAGAUGGAAAAGUGCGUUUGGUUGCUGAUUUCUAAGUAUUUUGGAGCUCCGAAAUGGAGUAUGUUUGUGAACUGAAUUCCUUGGGACAGGCGCAUGUUUCCACUCUCAAUAUUUAAAAAAAAAGGGACAGUGGACUGGAUGUAUGUAAAUAUUUUCUAAAUAGUGGUCUGUGCUUUGCAAGUUCUAGUGGUACUGCGAUUUUCCUCC